AUGGCAUCUGAAACUUUUGAAUUUCAAGCUGAGAUCACUCAGUUGAUGAGUUUGAUCAUCAACACAGUUUACUCAAACAAGGAAAUCUUCUUGAGAGAAUUGAUCUCGAACGCAUCCGAUGCUUUGGACAAGAUUAGAUACCAGGCUUUGUCCGAUCCAAAGCAAUUGGAAACCGAACCAGAACUUUUCAUCAGAAUUACUCCAAAGCCAGAGGAGAAGGUGUUGGAAAUCAGAGACUCUGGUAUUGGUAUGACUAAGGCCGAGUUGAUCAACAACUUGGGUACCAUCGCCAAGUCUGGUACUAAGGCUUUCAUGGAAGCUUUGUCUGCUGGUGCGGACGUUUCUAUGAUUGGUCAAUUCGGUGUUGGUUUCUACUCGCUAUUCUUGGUCGCUGACAGAGUGCAAGUUAUCUCCAAGCACAACGACGACGAGCAAUACGUCUGGGAAUCCAACGCUGGUGGUUCUUUUACCGUUACCUUGGACGAAACUAACGAAAAGAUCGGUAGAGGUACUAUCUUGAGAUUGUUCUUGAAGGACGAUCAAUUAGAGUACUUGGAAGAGAAGAAGAUCAAGGAAGUCGUCAAGAGACAUUCUGAAUUCGUCGCUUACCCAAUCCAAUUGCUGGUCACUAAGGAAGUUGAAAAGGAAGUUCCAUUGACCGAAGAGGAAAAGAAAGAUGAGGAGAAGAAGGAGGAAGAGGACGACAAGAAGCCAAAACUAGAAGAAGUUGAUGAAGAUGAAGAAAACAAGGAGGAAAAGAAGACCAAAAAGGUUAAGGAAGAAGUUAAAGAACUAGAAGAAUUGAAUAAGACCAAGCCUCUAUGGACCAGAAACCCAUCUGAUAUCACUCAAGAUGAAUACAACGCUUUCUACAAAUCUAUCUCCAACGACUGGGAAGACCCUCUAUACGUCAAGCACUUCUCUGUUGAAGGUCAAUUGGAGUUCAGAGCUAUCUUGUUCAUUCCAAAGAGAGCUCCAUUCGAUUUGUUCGAAAACAAGAAGAAGAAGCAUAACAUCAAGCUAUAUGUCCGUCGUGUCUUUAUCACUGAUGAGGCUGAAGAAUUGAUCCCAGAAUGGUUGUCUUUCGUUAAGGGUGUCGUCGACUCCGAGGACUUGCCUUUGAACUUGUCCAGAGAAAUGUUGCAACAAAACAAGAUCAUGAAGGUUAUCAGAAAGAACAUUGUCAAGAAGUUGAUCGAGUCCUUCAACGAAAUUGCUGAGGACUCCGAGCAAUUCGACAAAUUCUACUCUGCCUUCGCUAAGAACAUCAAAUUGGGUAUUCACGAAGACACCCAAAACAGAGCUGCUUUGGCCAAGUUGCUACGUUACAACUCCACCAAGUCUGUCGAUGAGUUGACCUCCUUGACUGACUACGUGACUAGAAUGCAAGAGCACCAAAAGAACAUCUACUACAUUACUGGUGAGUCCUUGAAGGCUGUUGAGAAAUCUCCAUUCCUGGAUGCUUUGAAGGCAAAGAACUUCGAAGUUCUAUACUUGGUUGACCCUAUCGAUGAAUACGCCUUUACUCAGAUGAAGGAAUUCGAAGGUAAGACUUUGGUUGAUAUCACCAAGGAUUUCGAAUUAGAGGAGACCGAUGAGGAGAAGGCCGAAAGAGAGAAGGAGAUCAAGGAAUUUGAACCAUUGACUAAGGCUUUGAAGGAAGUUCUAGGUGAUCAAGUUGAAAAGGUUGUUGUAUCUCACAAGUUGAUCGAUGCACCAGCUGCCAUCAGAACGGGCCAAUUCGGUUGGUCCGCCAACAUGGAAAGAAUCAUGAAGGCUCAAGCUUUGAGAGAUUCUUCCAUGUCUUCCUACAUGUCAUCUAAGAAGAUCUUCGAAAUCUCUCCAAAGUCUCCAAUCAUCCGUGAAUUGAAGAAGAGAGUUGAUGAAGGUGGUGCACAAGACAGAACUGUCAAGGAUUUGACUAACUUGCUGUUCGAAACUGCAUUGUUGACCUCUGGGUUCAGUUUGGAAGAGCCAUCCUCUUUCGCUUCCAGAAUCAACAGAUUGAUCUCUCUGGGUUUGAACAUCGAUGAAGAUGAGGAACCAGAAGCCGCCGCUGCUGAAACUCCUGCUGCCACCGAAAAGGUGGAAGAAGUUCCAGCUGACGCUGAGAUGGAAGAAGUUGAUUAA